CUCACUGCGCCGGCGUGCGGGCGCGAGCGGUCAAAGCGCCUUCCGGAGGCCGCCAAACUGCGUGUCUUUCCCGGUCUGUGGCUGUCGAAGUGCCCUGAACGAGAUUCAAAGAGGCCUCCGCCGCCAUUGGAGGCGCGUUUCUACAGUUUUGAGGCCUCGCACUGUCCAGCUACUCCGGCCCUUGCCCUUUGACCCUGCUCUCGCAGCGGGGUGAGAGGUCGGUGGCCAUCUUGUGGCGGCGGCGCGGGCGGCUGUUACUGCGGAGACCCAUCCCCCUCCCCCCUUGUCCGCCUGGCUGUCUUGUCAGUCAGUGAAGAGUCCCGCAGGAGGUCCGGUGGGGCCCCGGCCUCGAGCCGUCGCUCUUCCCGCCGCAGUGGGCGGCCCAGGCCGCUCCCUGCCGGGCCUCACCGCCGCCACCAUGUCCUCCUUCUCGGAGUCGGCGCUGGAAAAGAAGCUAUCGGAGCUGAGCAACUCUCAGCAGAGCGUGCAGACCCUGUCCCUGUGGCUUAUCCACCACCGCAAGCACGCGGGACCCAUCGUCUCGGUGUGGCAUCGCGAGCUCCGCAAAGCCAAAUCAAAUAGAAAGCUUACUUUUCUGUACUUAGCAAAUGAUGUCAUCCAAAACAGUAAAAGGAAAGGACCUGAGUUCACUAGAGAAUUUGAAUCUGUCCUUGUGGAUGCUUUUUCUCAUGUUGCCAGAGAGGCAGAUGAAGGCUGUAAAAAACCUUUAGAAAGAUUGCUGAACAUCUGGCAAGAAAGAAGUGUGUAUGGCGGCGAGUUCAUACAGCAACUGAAGCUGUCUAUGGAGGACUCCAAGAGCCCUCCCCCCAAAGCCACAGAGGAGAAGAAAUCUCUGAAGCGAACUUUUCAGCAGAUACAAGAGGAGGAGGAUGAUGACUACCCUGGAAGCUACUCUCCCCAAGACCCUUCUGCAGGACCUCUCUUGACUGAGGAACUAAUCAAAGCUUUGCAAGACCUGGAAAAUGCUGCAUCAGGUGAUGCUACUGUCCGCCAGAAAAUUGCUUCUUUGCCCCAGGAAGUACAAGAUGUUUCUCUGUUGGAAAAAAUAACAGACAAAGAGGCAGCUGAACGUCUUUCAAAAACAGUAGAUGAAGCAUGUCUGUUACUAGCAGAAUAUAACGGGCGCCUGGCGGCAGAACUGGAAGACCGGCGCCAGCUGGCUCGGAUGUUGGUGGAGUAUACCCAGAACCAGAAAGAUGUUUUGUCAGAAAAGGAGAAAAAACUAGAAGAAUACAAACAGAAGCUCGCUCGGGUGACCCAGGUUCGCAAGGAACUGAAGUCCCACAUUCAGAGCUUGCCAGACCUCUCUUUGCUGCCCAACGUCACAGGGGGCUUGGCUCCCCUGCCCUCUGCUGGUGACCUGUUUUCUACCGACUAGGGCAGGUGUCAUGCCCCAGAUUCCCAUCUCUACCAGCAGAAAGAGGAGGGCAAGUCAUGGUUGGAAAUGACCUUGUAGCCCCUGGUUCUGUCCCUCCUUCCACUCGGUUCCCAGCCUCCCAGCCUCCCAGCCUCAAGAAAGAACCACAGACUCUGAUCUCCUCUCCAGCCUCUCCUGUUGAGCACAAUUCAGAACAGGGGCAAGUGGAAUCCAGUUUAGAUUGGUAUUUGGAAAGAAUAUAAACUCGUCCACCUUGUGUUUUUAUGCCCCUGUUGGUUUUCCAUUCUUAACCCUCUUUUUAUACCCAAGAAGUUAGGAAAAUCAUGUGUACUUUUGGAAGCUUUCAGAAGAACCUUGUCCCUGAUGAUAAUAUUGUGUCACGAAAGCAGCUUCUGUCUGAGCUAGGCUCGUUCAAGUUCAGUACAGGCUUCCACUGAGGGGCUCACUCUGGAGUCACUGGCUUUCCCUGACUCCUCUAACCCUAGAGGUAGGCACAGCUGUAGAGCAGGUUUGCCAUAAGGAAGGAGUUUGCCAAAUCUCCAAUUCUAUUUUCCCAUUACUUCUAGUGACAUGUAGUCAGGGGUUCGGUGCAUUUGUUUUGGAAGCAGACGAGAGAAUCUAGCAAGAAGAUCCGAAGAUGAUCUGGGACAUAAAAUCACAGUUCAGAGACAGAGUAACAGCAAUUACAAGUAUGAGUUAAAAAGUAAUUUGCUUCAAGUUCCUACAAACAACCUUCCCAGGCUGCCCUUACCAAGAGUCCACCCAGUACCGUAGAGCAUGUCCCUAAAAACACGGUCUUUGACCACAGUUGGUUGAGUGGGUGCUUUGUAGAAAUGGCAGGGGUGGGCCCCAAAAGCCAAAGGCAUACUGAGAGUCGGCUCUGUGUGGGCAUUGCUUUGACCCUUUCUUUUGGGGAGUAGGGCACACAGUAACAUUUAACUCACUGGGGGGAGCAUAUGUCCUCAGGAUGGUGACGAAACUUGAAUAUCUCCUUCGCAAACAUGACACUGCGCGCAUUCACCGGUCCGUCAGUGCGCACUGCUGCACGUGUCCCUGGGUCCAGGCGAGCUCUGCACCAGGCGUUACUGAACAGCUCAUCUCGGGCAGGGGACGUCGGGGAUAUGAAUUUGGGGUUUUAAUUAUUUUAUCAUGCCAGCUGACAUUACUACAUAAUGUAGUUGGGAUUUUUACCUUGUUUUUAGUCAAGGUUAGGCCUGCCAACUCUUAAAUCAUUCUGAUUUGGCAGGCUUAUUUUGACAUUGGAAAAGGGCCAACAACUUGCCCCCAUAGUAUAAUAAGAAUUAUAGCCCAGAGGCUGAAGUCCCAAAGCUAUAAAAAGGGAUCCCUUUGGGAGGGGGCUUCAAAAUCUCUAUUAUGUUGAGGAUUACCAAAAAGCCAAUUGCAUGUGAUUUUACAUGUUAAACAUGUUAAAAUACAACCUAUGUUUUAAAAAGUAUAGCAGGCUUCCCGUGAAGGAAUCCUGCCUGCCAUGAAGUGAGAACAGCGGAAAGUCACGGCAGGUAUUCGGUGUAACUGCAGGACCCAGUAGCAUGUAAGCUGUUGCUCAGAUUUGAGUACGGACCGUGUGUUCUUAUCGACACUGCCUGCUCUCCUGUCCUUAGUAAAUUAAUGAGUCUGUAUCUGGAGUUUUUCUCUCAGAGGCCAUAGGGCAGGGGGUGACUUGACUGAAAUCGCAGGAUGGACUCCAGCCUUGGCUGUUUCUGCACACGCGCCCCUCCCGUGUGCUGUGCUGCUUUAGUCCUGCUCAGGAGCGGGUUUCUCACAGACCCCGGACAUCCUCUGGGCUUCGCCAAGGACGCAGAAUCUUACUAGCCACAGAAGAACCCCCGAAAGGGUUUACAUAGUAGAUACUUGCUCUGGUCAACCUGACGAAAUGUUCUAACUGAAUGGAUCUUCCCCACUGUGAUGUUUUAUCUGAUUGAGUCUGACCAGCAAUUGGUGUGUAAUUAUUACAGCAAGAGCAAGAGAUGAAACUAGCAAUUAUGUAAAUGAAUGUGUUGGCCUCUUCACACAUGUUACUAGUGGACUUCCUGUGAGGAAGUUAGGGUUUUUUUGUUUUGUUUUUUUAAUGAAAUGCUUUUGGUUUUUAAAACUUAAUUCCCUCAUAUCCUCCCCAAGUGUGCUUACUUCAUUUGUUUAAUUUAAGGAUCUGGCGGGGUGGGGCGGGUGCUUUUGUUUUGUGUUCUUUUCUUCUUUACUUAGGGCGUCCAUAGACCUCAGAGGACUUCUCCUUUAGGUCAUGUUCCUCAGAAAGUCUUCAUCCUUCCCCCUUUUUCUUAAAGAAUAUUUUUAAAGCUUAAAUUUGUAUAUUAAUUUAGGACUUUAUUUAGAAGUAUAGGCUGUCUUUGAUGGCAGCAGUAUAUUCUGAAAUGUCUCAUAGAUAUAUAUUUUUGAAUAAAGAUGGUGUUGUUGAACGACA